AUGUGGGAACUCAAUCUUCACGUAGAUCCUCACCUGACUUCGAGUCCCUUUUUCUCUUCUGGUGAAAUGUGGUUUUCAUCCAGAAAAUAUUUGACUUCUGCGUCCUCCAGCAUGAGGUUCAAAAUUCUGUUCAGCUGCAUUGAACAGAACUGCAAGAAGUUCGAAAAUUUCGUGGAACAGGGGUUAAUGAAAAAUAAUGGUGUGAUGGAGUACGAGCUGAAAAAUCUAUUCUACAAGUACAUCAACGAAGUGGGAAGAUCCGCCACUUUCAGCGUGGAUGGUUGUUACUUCGUAAACAAGUCACAUCCGUCGUCUUUUGCCGCUAUCAGCAAAGCGAUAAUUGGAACGAGCUUCCAUGACAUGAUUUCCGAGGCUCUCAACUUCCACUUUCAAGAUCUUAAUAAAAUAUUCCGGAUAUCAUUCAUAUCUAAAGAUACGGAUCGUUUUUUUCGCCACAGUAUGCAGAAGGUAAUGAGUAUGCGACAGUACGGGGACGAUCAUCUUCUCACCUUCUUCGUGAAUGUCUAUGAGACAACUUGCGUUACCAUGAGUUUUUUCAGGAUAUUCGAUUGCCCGGCGUCCAUAGAUACAGCAGAAGUUUCGCAAUGA